GAAGAGGGGACGCGAAUCGAGGAGAAGCAUGAAGAAAAUCCCCGGAAUCUGAGCAGGAGGACGGGGAGAGCUUCCUCCCUGUCUCGUCGGAGGUCGACAGGAAGCGGAGGUGGGGCAGCAUGGAGGAGGAGAAGCAGUUUCUUUGUGGGGUGGUGGAAGGUUUCUAUGGUCGGCCCUGGUCCAUGGAUCAGAGGAAAGUUCUCUUCCAAUGGAUGCAGCGCUGGGGGUUGAACACCUACCUGUAUGGUCCAAAGGACGACCUUAAACACAGACUGCUGUGGAGAGAAGUCUAUUCUCCCGAAGAGGAAGCUCAGCUGCGCACGCUCAUAGCAGAGGCCCAGUUCAGAGGCCUGAGGUUCGUUUACGCUCUGUCUCCUGGUCAGGACAUCGUCUUCUCUUCUUCCUGUGACCUGACGCUGCUUAAACGCAAGUUGAAACAGGUCUCAGACCAGGGUUGUCAAGCAUUCGCCAUUCUCUUUGACGACAUCGAUCACUCCAUGUGUCAGGCCGACAGCGAGGCCUUCGCCUCGUUCGCCCACGCUCAGGUCACAGUAACCAAUGAGAUUUAUCAGUUCUUGGGGGAACCAGAUGUCUUCCUUUUUUGCCCAACAGAGUACUGCGGUUCUUUGUGCUCUCCCAGUGUGUCCAAGUCUCACUACCUGCAAACCAUUGGAGAGGACCUCCUGCCCAAUAUAACAGUAAUAUGGACAGGCAGCAAAGUCAUUUCCAGAAAACUGUCUUUAGACUGCCUCGCUGAGGUGGAGUCUGUCCUCCAGCGAUCCCCAUUAAUCUGGGACAACCUGCACGCCAACGAUUAUGAUUCCAGGCGUCUCUUCCUGGGGCCUUUCAAAGGUCGAGACCCUAAGAUUAGGAGCCACCUGAGGGGCCUGUUGCUCAACCCCAACUGCGAGUUUGAAGCUAAUUACAUCCCACUGCACACACUGGGAACGUGGUACCGAACAGGGAAGGAGGAAAUGAAAGAUGAGGAGCUUGAGUACUGUCCUGAUGGAGCUCUGACUGCUGCACUCCAUGACUGGAUGGAAGAACUCAAUCAGCCUCUACAAGCAGGUCGUCAAAACUCACGAGCCGAUCAGCGAGUCUCUGUUGUGUCAUCGCGCUCCAAAACUCCCGACAGGUCCAGCUGUCGCUCCACCUUCAGAGCAACCUCUGCUGUAGCCAAACUUCCAGUCUUCCCCUUGAACUCCAGCUCCCCUCCAUCCUCUCCGCCUAUGGGCAAAAGGGAAAGAGAGGGUGAAAAAGAGAGGACACAGCAGUCCAGUCAGCAACCUCCUGUGUCCAGGUCAGGGGCGCCCACAGGUGGAGGCCGUGCACAGAAGGCCCAAGGUCGGGGGCUCUGCGGUGGGAAGGGUCUUCUGAGCGAAGCCCAGGUCCGGCUGCUGGUUGGUCUUCAUUAUCUCCCCCACGAGCACGGCCCUUCAGCCCAGAAGCUGCUGCAGGACCUGACCUGGCUAAAAACAAACUGCCACCUGGUCAGCACCACUGGCAAGAAGACGCAACCCCAGAAGGUUGAUGAGUGGCGAGGACGGGCCUCCAGGUUCCUGUCUCUGUGUGAAGAAAUCGCACAGCUCCACUGCAGCGUGGUGGGCGGAGUCAACAGGGCUGUGCUCUAUGACCUCUACCCUUAUGUGUGGGACCUGAGGAACACCGCUCUGGUGGCAAAGGCCUUCAUUUCCUGGCUGGAUGGACGGGUGCUGGGCGACAGCUCAAACCUCGGCUCCUGGAGGAACUGCUUCCACUGGUGCGGGAAAACCACCGGAGUGGACGUGUCGGGGGUGGACUCAGAGCCGUGGGUGUUCAAAGGGGGAGUGUCCGGGGAAGUGCAGGUGCUCCUCCCAAUAGGCAACAGCAGCGAACUCUUCACUCAUCCCCCUCCUCUCUUCCCUACCUCUCGCCUCUACAACAUCAGGCCGUAUCACAACAAAGACAAGGUGGAGCUGUAUCGGAUGGUCCGCCAGCUUCACCUGAGAACUCAGGGAGGCCAGGAGUCCAGCAUGGCUCAUCCAGAUGUCAUUGGAGACAGAUGUCUUGGCCCGUGUCUGGCGCUGAGCCCAGAGUACAGCUUCGUCCUGGAAGACGAGCUCGGUGUUUGUGGCUGCGUGCUGGGCAUCUUGGACGUCGGCUCCUUCGCCAAGCGGUGCCAGGCCACCUGGAUACCUGCCAUGAGAGACAAGUACCCACCCAAAGGGAACAACACCCUCACCAACUCGCAGGACUUAAUCCGGUUAAUGGAGGAGGACCAGGGGGAGUACCCAGACUCGCUCCUUUAUCACUUCCCCUCUCAGCUGCGACUGGACGCCCUGCCUGAGCUGGUGGACGUCAGCGUCAGCCGAACCCUGAUCACCGCCCUCUUCACAGCGCUCAAGGCCAACGGUUCUCAGGGCGUGUUCUGUGAGGUGCAGCCCACGGACCAUCAGAGGUUGGAGUUUCUAACCAAGCUGGGCUUCCUGGAAAUCCUGCGAGGAGAAGCCCGGAGCAGAGAGGGGGUGGUGCUGGGGAGGCUGCUCUGAACGUGUUCAACGCACAAACGCACACCUUCACAGAUGUGCAUCUCCCUUCAGACAUCCAACGACUGGUGCCGUUUCUAUUAAAGUUCUCAGUGUCUCUUUUUCAUUAGGGAGGCGGCAACCAAAGGUGGUGAGGUAUAAAAUCUCAGUCCUUACUGAGGCUCCUAUAAGCUAAAAUUGAAUAGUUGGUGUUUGUUCAGAAGAAUGAUUGGCUUCUUACAUGUGUUUAUUACAAACAGAUCUAUCAGUUCGAGAAAACACUAUUGUAACAAAACAAGUACCGGUACAUGAAUGGGAGGGGCUAUAAGUUGCACUGGAAGAGCUGAAACACUGAGGCACUUCUACAAACACAACGUUCUGACCAGAGUGGAGCAGAGAUAAGGGAGCUCGGAAAACAUGCAGGUUUGAGGGUUUUCAGGGACAAAUCAAGAUGAGCCUCCAGGCUUCGGAGCAAUUUUCAAAAUAUGAAAUAAGUGUUACAUUUCAAUCGUUUGGAGAGGAAAUGUGCUCACCUCUUUUUAGAUUAUUGACCUGGUUUACAAGAUUUCUUUACGCUUUAAAGAAAAUGACAGAGAUGAUUGAACUGGGAGCAGAGCAUUAGAUCCAAGAAGCUGGAUUAUACACUUCUGUGGAAGAAAAUUAUUUUUUUUUAAAAUUUGCAAUAUAACCCAGAGCCAGAAUCACAGCACCAUUCAACCAUAAGAAAGACUUUUCUGGUUUGUUUUAGUCUCACAACCCCCGUUUGUUUUAUUUCUAGACCUAAGCAAAAGAUGGAAAGACAUUUGUUCUCAGCCCCAAGUUCUUCAUGAUCUUCAUGAGUUGGUUGAAUAUUCAUUUUACAAAAA